UUACAGUAUUUUACCAUUAAAAUCACGGUUAUUUUACAGUGGGGUUUUGCACACUGGUGUUCGCAUCUGUCAAGUGCUAUGAGUGAAAUCAUGCGGAGAAGUGUACGUAGGUAAAAAUCAGUGUGUGAAAGCUAUAAAGAGAGUUUUUUAAAAUGCAUUGCUGACAAGACCAACUGUCCACCAACACAUGUUUUUGUGGAUAACUGUCAUAGAAAUUGGUAUUUCAUGAAUUGUUCUCUGCAUGGCUUCUGCAUGAGUGGUUAGUCCACCGGCUAGAUCAGCGUAGAGGUCAUACACUCAAAAGUGUUCUCUGAAUAAAUGCGUCUAACAAGACUUUCCAUGCAAAUGAUUCCCUUCAUCUGUGCAGUGAUUAUUGUGUACUUCUGCAAAUGCAUUGGCUGAGUGUCAUUAGUUGAGCAAAUCGUGAUCGCCUAAUGCUUUCACACUCAAAAUGCAAAACAAUUCAACAUUAAAAUAAUGGCUGUGUGUGUGUGUGUGUGUGUGUGUGUUUACACCUGCUCUAUCGACUACAACGUGCACUUUUGACAUCUGGGCAGUGAUGGAGCUCAGAAUGGUGAUCGUAUAAUAUAUAUAUAUAAAGUGUUCAGUAAAAGUAUACUGCUUAAAAAAAUUGCAUGCUACUAAAACUAUACAUUACUUCGUUAGUUUUGAAGUAGUAAAACGAAUGGCUUUGCGGUAUUGGUUUAGGAGAAGCUGAGUAAUGAUGGCGUAAUUACGUGAAUCACUUGAAGCGUUUUACGACUGUCACGAGUAAUCGUUUGUGGAUAUUUUGGAAAUGAAUGGGUGCUACUGGAAAAUGAACCUACCUUCACACACACUAAUUCAGAAGUUAAGAUAGUUCCUAAAGUUGUGAACAUUGUCAUGGCUGAAAGGCCUUUUGUAAAACAGUCAAAAAUAUUACACAUGCAUUCUUUUGUUAAAACGCUAUCUUAAUCAAAUUCAUGAAGUGGCAUCCUUAUUCUACAAGAUAUUACGUUGUGAAAACCGAUUUAACACAAAAGCUUUUCAUGAACAAAAGCCAAUUUCCUAUGCAAACAAAUCUGCCUUGAUAUUUGUGUAAACGCAUUUGAUAAGCAUCAUUAGCUGAGCAAAUGUUGACAUCACGAACCAUAUCGUCAAAGAAUAAAGACAAACCGGACUUCAAUACACAAAUGAACAUGGGUGUGUGUAUUUACCCCUGGACCGAACAAUAUUUUAAUACAGGCUGCAUUGAUUUUUGGCCAGUCUAAUCUCAGCAGCGAUGAAGCAAAGAUUCAUCCAUCUCUUUUUGCUCUCAGGGUUUCUCGCACUGAUUCUGUGCGGCACACGUGAAUAUACUCUGAUCCGAGAGUAUAAAACGUGGGAUGAGGCUCAAGUUUACUGUCGACAGAACUACAUUGACCUGGCCACUGUACAGACGGAUGAAGAGUGGAGCGAACUCAACAAGUUACGAGCUGAACUACAGUUUUACAUGUGGAUCGGACUGUACGACGACGCGAGGAGCUGGCGUUGGUCUCUUCCAGAUACAUAUGUGACUUUCUUAAACUGGGCUUUUGAUCAGCCAAACAAUUUGGGUGGAAAACAAUAUUGUGUAAUUCUGCAGUCGACUGGAUACUGGUGGGAUGAAGACUGUUAUUGGACAAUGCCCUUUUUUUGCCAAAAUAGUGAAGGACAACCGGUUCUAGUUACGGACCCGCCGAUGUCCUGGGACGAAGCUCAGAGUUACUGCCGAGCAAACUUCUCAGACUUGUUCGCCGUAACGAACAGUGACGUGAAUCUCCAGCUGACCGACAUGAUCCACCUACACAGUGGUGCCUGGAUCGGUCUGUCCAGGGACUCGUGGAAGUGGUUGAACAACACAAGCCCGUAUUCCCCUCUGCCGUGGGCGGCAGGACAGCCGGAUAACUUGAUGGGCAAGGACAAGUGUGGCGCUUUAGAUGAUUACGGUCAAAUUGAUGACGAGACCUGCUCAACACUCAAUUUCUUCUUAUGCCAGACAACACGAGUGAAGCAACAGAUAUUGAGACUGGAGGUGAAAGCAGGAGAUAAUGUCAAUGAUCGAGCGAUCACAGCGGAUGUGUUAAAUAAGGUCCAGCAGAGUCUGCGCGCGCAGGGAAUCGCCGCCGAUGUGAAGCUGACCUGGCGGGAGCGUCCGGGUGAAGGGAUCUUCCAAUAGACCGAAUCAACAGGCAUCAACGGAGAAUUAUUAUUAUAACUUAUUUUUAUAACUUCAGAACUUUAUUCUAGAGUUGCUGCAAAACCAAAACAACAUGUUACUUUAAUUUCCUAUUAUCAUAGUAGACAUCGGAAGGUGACUUGACCAUUAACACACUUGAAUAGAGUAUACUUCUAUCUAGUGUGUUUGGAAUUAAGAAUAGUUCAUUAAUGUAGUCGGCUAACGUAUGAAUUAAUUAAUUCAAUACAUGUUUUAUGAUAUCA